AUGGGCCACAUCUGUGUGCUGAUUGAGCUGCAAGCAGCCCAUGGGCCAUGGAUUGACAGCCACUGGGGUUUAGAAAGUUCCAAGAGGCAGAGUCUCAUGGACCAAGGUACAUCCCAUCAAGGUGGAUAUUCCCAUGAUGCUGUGGUGUAUGCACUACAAAAAUGUGGCAUUCGUCAUAUUGAUACAGCAAAAAGAUACGGCUGUGAAUCACUCCUUCAGAAAGCUAUCAAAGAAAGUGAUGUGAAGCGAGAGGACCUCUGGAUAACUACCAAACUCUGGCAUAGUGACUAUGGCUAUGAAAACACAAAACAAGCCUGCCUGGAAUCAUGCAAAAGACUUGGUGUUCAGUACCUCGAUCUUUAUUUGGUACACUGGCCCGAUGCACAAGUUCCUGGUAAAAGUAAUCGUGAGGUCCGAGCGGAAACCUGGAGAGCCAUGGAGGACCUAUAUGAGAAAGGUAUAUGUCGGUCUAUUGGUGUAAGCAAUUUUCUCAUUAAUCAUUUGGAGCAACUAAAGGAAGAUUGUAAGAUCACCCCACAUGUUAAUCAGGUGAGUGUGUAUGCAGUACAUUUAAGACAUCUGUUUUAG